GGAAUUUUGAAUAAUGCUCGAAGUCACUGUUCCACUGUUGGAAAGAAAGUCGGUGUUGGUUUUUCACGUGUAGUCUGAAUUUUUUCGUUUUGUAAUUUGUGAAAAGUGUUUUAAUAUUGUGCAUAAGGAAAAGUGAAGGAAAAUUAAAAUGGGUACGGAAAGAAAAGGAACAUUCAAAGUUGAAUAUCUUCAAGAUAUUGAGAAAAAGGUACAAGCCUAUUGGGAAGAUGGAAAAGUUUUUCAACAAAAUGCCCUGCCACCAGAUGGUAGAGAUCCGAAUUCAAAAUUUUUUGUCACAUUUCCAUUUCCCUAUAUGAAUGGUCGUCUUCAUUUGGGCCACUCGUUUUCCCUCUCAAAAUGUGAAUUUGCCGUUCGCUAUCAGCGCCUUCUCGGUAAACAUUGUCUAUUUCCAUUUGGUUUUCAUUGUACCGGUAUGCCAAUAAAAGCGUGUGCCGAUAAAUUAAAACGCGAAAUUGAACUCUACGGUAAUCCACCUCAAUUUCCAAAAGAGGAAGCAGUAAUUGACAAAGCUGAUCCUGAUGAUGAGGUUGUCAUCAAGGAUAAGAGUAAGGGUAAAAAAAGUAAAGCUGUCGCAAAAUCCGGUGGUCUCAAGUAUCAAUGGCAAAUAAUGCGCAGUCUUGGUUUAGCCGACGAGGAAAUUUCUAAAUUUGCCGACGAAAAUUAUUGGCUCGAAUAUUUCCCACCAUUGGCAGUUGAAGAUCUACGUUCUCUAGGUCUCGCUGUCGAUUGGCGACGAACUUUCAUCACAACUGACGUUAAUCCCUUUUUCGAUUCAUUCGUCCGCUGGCAAUAUCAACAUCUCAAGGAGAGAAAUAAAAUUAAAUACGGCAAGAGACAUUCAAUUUAUUCGCCCAAGGAUCAACAACCUUGUAUGGACCACGAUCGUGGCAGUGGUGAAGGAGUUGGACCCCAGGAGUACACUUUGAUUAAAAUGAAACUCCUCGCACCGUUUCCACAAAAAUUAUCGACUCUCGCGGGGAAAAAUGUCUUCCUAGUGGCUGCUACCCUCCGACCGGAAACAAUGUACGGUCAAACGAAUUGUUGGGUUCAUCCCGAAAUGCGUUACAUCGCCUAUACUUUGGCCAAUGAUGAUAUAUUCAUCUCGACGGAAAGAGCCGCACGCAAUAUGGCAUACCAGGAAUUCUUCAAGACGGAGGGUAAAAUUGACAUCAUCACUGAAUUGACAGGACAGGACAUUAUGGGUCUAUCCCUCGAGGCACCAUUAACAUCGAAUAAAAUUAUUUACACCCUGCCAAUGUUGACCAUCAAGGAGGACAAGGGAACCGGAAUUGUCACAUCAGUACCAAGUGAUUCUCCCGACGAUUACGCAGCGCUUGUCGAUCUCAAGAAGAAGCAACCAUUCCGUGAAAAAUAUGGAAUCAAGGACGAAAUGGUCUUGCCAUUUGAGCCGAUACCAAUAAUCGAAGUACCUGAAUUUGGAAAUUUGUCCGCCGUGACAGUGUACAAUCAAUUGAAAAUUCAAUCGCAAAACGAUCGUAUUAAGUUGAACGAGGCAAAGGAGAUGGUUUAUCUAAAAGGAUUUUAUGAUGGUGUACUUUUAGUUGGUCCACAUAAAGGAAAGAAGGUGCAGGACGUUAAGAAAACACUGCAAAACGAUUUGAUUGAGAAGAAAACCGCCGUUCUCUAUUACGAACCGGAGAAGACAGUAACAUCAAGAUCUGGUGAUGAGUGUGUUGUGGCACUUUGUAAUCAAUGGUAUCUCAACUAUGGCGAACCGAAAUGGAAAGCCGAGACAGAGAAGGCUCUGGCUAAUGUCGAAACAUUUCACGAAGAAGUGAAGAGAAAUUUUACACAUUGCCUCAAUUGGUUGCACGAAUACGCCUGCUCACGAACCUAUGGACUUGGAACUCGUCUUCCUUGGGAGGAGGAAUGGCUAAUUGAAUCUCUUUCCGAUUCGACCAUUUACAUGGCUUACUACACUGUUGCGCACUACCUUCAAGGCAAUACUUUCAAGGGAAACAAACGAAAUUAUCUUGGAAUAAAACCGGCACAAAUGACACGCGAUGUUUGGGAUUAUAUUUUCUUCAAGGAUGCAAAGUAUCCAAAAACAACAAUUAAAAAAGACGCACUACGUGUAUUAAGAGCGGAAUUUCAAUAUUGGUAUCCAGUUGAUCUUCGUGUAUCUGGUAAAGAUUUGGUGCAAAAUCAUCUUACGUUUUAUCUUUACAAUCAUACAGCAAUGUGGCCGAACCAACCCGAUCUAUGGCCACAAGCUAUUCGUGCGAAUGGACAUUUACUUCUAAAUUCAUCAAAGAUGGCGAAAUCAGAUGGUAAUUUUUUGACACUGUCAGAGUCAAUUAAAAAAUUCUCAGCUGACGGUACACGAUUUUGUCUCGCCGAUGCUGGUGACUCGAUAGAAGAUGCUAAUUUUGUCGAAUCAAUGGCUGAUGCGGGAAUCUUGAGACUCUACACUUUCAUCGAAUGGGUGAAAGAAGUGAUGGAAACGAAAGAAACAUUCAGACAAGGACCACCGAAUACUUUCCAUGAUGAAGUGUUCCAAAGUGAAAUAAAUCUGAAAAUUCAAGAAACUGGAGAAAAUUACGCAAAAAUGUUGUAUAAAGAAGCUUUAAGAACCGGAUUCUUCGAACUUCAAGCUGCAAGGGACAAAUAUUUGCAACUAAGUGCCGCAGAUAAAGUAAAUUGUCAACUGAUCAUGAGAUAUAUUGAAAUGCAAUUGGUUCUUAUUUUGCCGAUUUGUCCUCACGUCGCGGAACACAUUUGGAAGCUAAUUGGAAAGACGAACAGUGCUUUAUGUAAUAGAUGGCCAAAAACUGGGGAAAUUAAACAAACUCUGAUAAAAUCAUCGCAAUAUUUAAUGGACGCGGCGCAUUCGUUUAGAAUAUUUUUGAAAAGUCACAUGACCCCGCCAAAAAGUAAGGAUAAAACGAAAAUAAUUAUUGAAAAGCCAAACAUUGCAACUAUUUGGGUGGCAAAAACUUUCCCCCGCUGGCAAAGUAUCGUCCUCACAACAAUGAAAGAUCUUUACAACAAAAAUGGAGGAAAAUUGCCAGAGAAUAAAGUAAUUUCAACCGCAUUGAAUUCGGAAGUUGAAUUGAAGAAAUACAUGAAAAAAGUGAUGCCGUUUGUUCAAGCGACAAGGGAAAAAAUUGAAUCAAUUGGAGUUAAAGCUUUUCAGCUGACUCUAGAUUUUGACGAAGUGGAUGUACUGGAGAAAAAUAAGAAGUACAUUGCCGAUACUUUGGAUUUAGACACAGUGGCAGUGAAAUACACGGACGAAGCGCCUGAGAAAACAAAAGAAGAAUGUUGUCCUGGUUCACCUUACAUCAGUUUUUCCACACAACCAGGAAUAUUUGUAAAUAUUUCAAAUCCUGAACCAUGCAAUGGUUUAUUUACAACCUCAGUGAAAAUUGUCGACGGCGAUAGUGUGGCCAGUGUAAUUUCUAAAAUUGCCAAAGGAAACAAACGAAUUGAAGACACGACAUCCCUUGUUCUACAACGAUUCGAAGAUACAAUUCUCGGUCCAAGGACAAUACCAAAUCCAUCGAGUCCCAUGAAGGGCAAAAAGAAAUUAACAAAUAACGCCACUUUCAAGCUGGACUUGGAUAAAGACGUCGUCUUCGUUGAAGGUGAACCGGGCAAAUUUGUCGAUAUUGGCAAACAACUCAAUUACUCAGUGCAAAGUUAACGGUAAUGUUAAGUUUAAUUUUUUUUUUCUUAUUUAUCGAUAAAGUGACUGAUAGGAUUUUUUUAAAAUAAGAAUUAGAAUAUUUUACAAA